CCUCCGGCGGGCAGGCUUCCAUCGGGCAGCCUUUCCGUCAGCCGUCCCUCCGUCCAGCCAGCCGAGUGCCGGGGCGCUGGAAGCGCGGCUGCYCCCUCUCGCUGCCGUCGGCUUGGGCUGCACCGCGCUCCGGGAGGAACUUGGGAGCGGGAGAGGGUGUCGUGGUGUCCGUGUGGCUCCAGCCAUGCUGGGGACAGUGACGAUGGCGGUUGGAGAAACAGAACAUUCCAGUGUAACUUUGAAAGAAGACAGUGAAACUAUGGAGACAAAUCCAUCUGACUCAAGCACCAAGGACGGUGUAGAUGCUGAGAAAGAGGAUGCUCAUUCAAUUAAGCARUUGCCACCAUUGGAAGAAGUUGCAGAAGACCAGGUGUCAGAGCCACAGUCUUAUGAUCUGGGUUUUAAAAAGGUUUUUAAAUUUGUUGGGUUCAGAUUCACAGUGAAGAAGGAAAAGACAGGAAAAUCUGAGCCAGUUCAGCUGCUCACUGUAAAGAAGGAAACACAGGUCCAWGAAGGAGCUGAUGAUCAAAAAGAAGUUGUGUCAGAAGAAACAGCAGUGCCUGAGGAUGUACUGUCUGCAGAAGACACCACCAAAGAUAUACCAAAAAAUGAAAAAACAGAAGAUGAAUCUCCUAAAAUACCAGAAACAAAUGAGAUUUGUUCUCAGCCAGCUGCCUUAGCCACUGAAACUGCAUCACCACUAAGAAAACUUUUUACUCAAGGAUGGACUGGAUUUAGAAAAAAGAAAAGUUUUAGGAAGCCUAAAGAAGAUGAGCAACAGUCUCCUGUGAAAGAGGAGGAGCAAGAAAAAGAGGGGGCAGCAUUGACAACUGAAACSAGUGAAAAGGAGGAGAAACCUGAGUCUGAGAAGCAAGAUGCAGAGAGGAGUGUGACAGCAGUAACUAUUGAAACGCAUGAGAAGGAGCAGACUGGAGGUGAAACACAGGAGUCAGAAAAGACUCUGGCAGCCAUAGGAAUAGAAGGAAGUGAAGAGGUAGUCAAGCAUGAUGAGCAGGGACAAAAAGACGACCUGGCAGCAGCAGCUGUAAAAGRAAGUGUAGAGGGAAAAAAAGAUGAAGCUGAUCAAGAAAGGAAAAUGGUGGAAGUCUCAGAAGAUCUUGGUAGAGAGGAAGAAAAAACUGAAGGAGAGGAAGAAGGUGAGGUGACAGAGAAACCACUAGAAACAAAGUCAGUGGUACCUCUUGUGACUGACUGUGUGAAUGGAGAAUUGAAAACGUCCUCAGAAGUCCUACUUGCGGGAGAAAAACUGGGGUCAAUGGAGAAGCGUGAAAGAGACAACAGAACUGAAAUAGCCUCUGAAGAGACAUUUGAAACAGGAUCUUCAGCAAUGGAAAUUUCUAGUGAGCAGCUUAAAAAAUCUGAAGGAAGAGAAGGAAAUAAAUCUGCUCCACUUGGGAAAGAGACCUUAGAUGAAAAAGUAGAGGAAGCAGAAUUGAAAAUGUCAUCCRCAGCAGAAGGUGUUGCACCAGGAGAAGCUCUGGAUAGAACCACAGAGGARAAGGAAAGCAAAGAAUGUGAAACAAAGUCAACUGUGAGUGCUGCUGGAUCAAAGUUAUUUUCUACUUCUGAACAUGCAGUUGACACAGAGGAAGAUAAACAGUCAGUCAAAACCACUGAUGAAGGACUACAGGGAAAACCUGGCAUAGAUACGACUGAUACUGUCAAACCAGAUGAAACAGCCAUGGAAAUAACGUCUGAAGAGGCAGCUGGAAAGAGGCCUCCGGAAGGUAUUACAAAUGAAGCAGAACUCCUGACUUCUCAAGAAAAGACUAAACUACAAGGCAGUCCUUUAAAGAAACUCUUUACAGGUACUGGAUUGAAAAAACUGUCYGGAAAGAAGCAAAAAGGCAAAAGAGAAGAAUCUAAGUUAGGGGAACAGGGUGAACCAAUUCAGCACUUAUCAGAUUCCCCAGAUAGCCCAGAUGAACAAAAGGGGGAAAGUUCUGCUUCUUCUCCUGAGGAGAUGAAUGAAAUUCCUUCUUUAGAAAAACCUGCAGAUGGAAUGCAGGUCACUGAAAAUGAGGAUGCUACAAUUCCAGAUGUGGAGCGAAAAAGAGAAACUGUUACACCUUGGGCAUCAUUUAAAAAGAUGGUGACUCCCAAGAAACGUGUCAGAAGGCCUUCUGAAAGUGAUAAAGAAGAAGAAGUUGAUAAGACAAAGAGUGUUGCAGURUCUGCAACUGAAAAUGCUAUUGAGGAAAAUGAGGGAGAAAUAAAAGAAAAUGGGAUUGACCAGAAACCAGAGAAAAUAACAGAAGAACCCAAAAGAAAGGUUGACACCUCUGUGUCCUGGGAAACUUUUAUAUGUGUAGGUUCUUCAAAAAAAAGAGCCAGGAAGUCAUCAUCGUCUGAUGAAGAAAGCCAAAAGGUAGAAGAGUCUGGACAGAGCAGAGAAACAGCGACAGAUGCAGUUCUUACUAGCUCUCAGGAGAGUGAUCAAGGACAAGGGAAUUCUUCCCCAGAACAAGCUGGAAGCCCAUCCGAAAGUGAAGGUAUUUCAACAUGGGAAUCAUUUAAAAGGUUAGUUACUCCAAGAAGGAGAUCCAAAACGAGAAUGGAAGAGAGAACUGAAGACUCUGUUGUGGGAUCUAGCCUGGAGCAUUCAACAUCGGACGGUGAGCCUGGAAAAGAUGAAUCGUGGGUUUCAUUUAGAAAACUGAUGCCUGGGCGUAGGAAGAAAAAGUCAGAUGGAAAGCCAGAACCAGCUCAUCUUAAACAAGCCAAAGAGGACAUGGCAGAAACAGCUGAAGAAGAUUCUGAUAUUCCAGCUGUUGUUCCUUUAUCUGAAUAUGAAGCAGCAGAACAGGAGAAAUUGGAAGCCCAACGAGCAAAAGAUGCUGAAUCAAUGAGAGCACGAACCUCAGAGGAAGAGAGAGCAGGAAAGUYAGAUGAGACGCUAAGAAUUGAGCAAGGAUCUGAAGGGCUGGUACAUGCAGUUGCUGUUACAGUUGUUGAAGGGGAAAGGGCAGUGUCYAGCAUUGAGGAAAGGUCACCGUCGUGGAUAUCUGCUGCUCUGACAGAGUGCAUUGAGCAGGCAGGAGAAGAGGAAGAGCAAGAAACUCAGAAAAUGGCUGAACCAGGUGUUGCUGUGGAGGAUGCAGCAGUAGCUGCUAAGACAGUGCCAGAGACGAGAAAGGAUGCAAGUGAUGACACCACAGCAAGUGAGCUGGAGCUAACCUCAGAAGCAGUGACUGCUCUGGARACAGCAGAAGCUUCCUGUGCUGAAGAAACAAUGGAAGUGUCCCUUGCUGAAGAAACAACUGAGAUGGUUUCUGCUGUUUCACAGUUAGAAACCCCAGAUACAACAGAGGAAGCUACACCKGUUCAAGAAGUAGAGGCCACUGAACAAAAUCUGAAAGAAUUGGACAAACAGACGCAAAAAGUUCUUCACGAAGUUGCCGAAAGAGUAAAGUCAGAUGUAGCACAGGUGGUUAKCGAAAGAGCUGUGACAGAAACUGUAAUUACAACAGUACAGGCACUUGAAUCAGAAGUGAAAGGUGAUGCUAAAGAUGGGAAUGUUGYAGGCCAGGAAACUGUUUUGCUUGAACAGUCCUUGGAGAAAGAACACAAAGAGGAUGGCCUCCGGCACRAGCAAAGUGCAGGGAGCAUUCAAGGCCAAAACAGAGUUGAAGAGAGUGUUUUACCUGAAGUUUCAAAGGAAAGUGAAAUGCUCUCUGUGAUGGAAGAAAGCACAGAAGAACAUGAAAAUGUACAGGUAUUGGGAGGUGAAAGCCAGUGUCAGGCAUAUGAAGAAGCAGCUGUAGAAGAUGAUAGAGAACAAAAUGAUGUGCAGAGGACAAUAGAGGAACCUUUAUCACAGAACACAGAGUUUCACAGCAUCAAAGCUGUCACUCCCAAGGAAGAGCUGUUUGCAAAGCAGGAGCCUUCAGAACAAGAGAAAAUGCCCGUAACAGAGCUGACACUGGAUGAGACAAGAGAUGAGUGUGUUCCAGAAGUAAAGCCUGCAGUUCAGGAUAAGACAGAGGAUGAAGCAUCAUCCUUGAGACUUACAGAUGAAGAACCUGUGCAGCUUGAAGGAGAGGGCAGAACCCCCACUGGGCCAGAGUGCRCAGAAGCAGUUGUCACUGUGGUCCCUGUUAAAACUGAAAAACAGGAUGGAAUUCCUGACUCAGAAGAGCAAGUUUGUACUAAAGGAGUUCCUAGCAGGGCACCUGCCCUGAGUGAGGAAGAGGAAAAUACUGCUGUGCUCAACGGAGUAAAAAGCACAGACGUCACUGUUCCUGAGGUGCCACCGCAGAGCACUGCAGCCCUUCCUUCAGAAACARUUGGCUCAGAAGCAGCUGUGGAUGCCAGGCAGAGUGUGAGCGAUGGGCCUGACAGGGACAUUGCAGCAAAAGACUCUGUGCCCAUCUUAGAGCCACAAUGCAGAGACAAAGUAAUUGAAACCCCCUCCAAGAGUGAUGAAACUAAAGGUGGCAAAAUGAAAGGUGCUGUGCUCAAAUCUGAAACACAGUUGGAGAGCACUUCCACUGUUGCUGAGGCUCCUGCACAGAUAGGAACAGACGGGGCAUCUAAUUUAGCAUCAGGAUGCCCAGAGAUUGUUGAAAAUGGAAGUGCUGUUAUCGCUGAUCUAAGUCCUAAGAAAUGUGAAGCACCCAGCAGCUUGGCUGGAGAGGAGACUGUGGGAAAAGAAYUUGGAGAAACCUUGAACUGUCAAGGCUUCCAGAAAGAAGAKAACARAAAUGAGCAAUUGACGGAAGGAGCCAAAGAAUAUGGAAAAACRGAAGCUGUGAGAYGUGAUGAAUGUUCAGCUGCUGUCCAGCAAGAGGAAGGCUCUGAUGCAGCCUUCCCACAGGCUGAAAGCUUUGCAGCUCUGAAAACACCUGUGCCUCUAGCAGCUGCAGCAGUUGGAGAGCAUGCCAUGGCAGAAAUGGCGACACCCACAGACACAAUGGCCAAAACUGUCCAGCUCUUGGCAACCACACCAGARCAAAUGGCUUCUGAAGGGAUCCCAGUUUCUACUAUUGACUGUUCAGGCUGUGGGACUGCAGAGCUUGGUAGUGUGGAGGCACCCAAACCUACAGUAACCUGUGCUUCCAUGAAUGGAAUAUCAGAGGAGCAUGAGAGGCCCCAGAGCACAGGGCAAGCUGAACACAAUGGUAUUCCUUCCAGUCACAGUCCAUCUCCCAGCCACUUGGAAUUUCAGAAGGAUGUUGUUCAGUCUGUGAUUAUAGAGUCCCAGAGUACAAAAAUUGUAUUGAAUGCCAUCCAGUCAGCUGUUGACAAACUUUCAGAAACAGAAGAGUCGGCUGCCUUUGAGUCAGAGCAGAGCAUUAAGUCCAUAGGGAAAAGCCCAUCAGAUGCAAUUGUACCUGAACUUGUGGGAAGUACGCAGGUAAAUCAACAGCUUCCAUUAAAUGAGGAAGAGAUACGAAGUAAAGAACAAGAGCUCAAGCAACCAGGAAUAGUGAAAACUUCUACCUUAACUGAGUCUGCAGAAAUUAAUGCAAUUGUAGAAAAAACAAAGGACCUGCCUUUAACUUCCGAGAUGCUGAAAGAUGGACAACAUCAGAAUUCUUUAACAAUCGUGACAAGCCCUGAAGACAUAUCAAGGGGAAGUGUGAGACUUCAGAAAUCAACACUAGAACAAAAUGCUUCAGGAGAUUCAGCCAAAGACACCCURGAUAUACGUGCACCAAAAUUAAAGGAAAAAGAGGUUGGAUACAUUAUGGAAAUCUCAGACCAACAUACAGGACAGCAAACAUGCAUAGAAAAUGAAGAACAACCAUAUUGCCCACCAGUGGAAGAUGGGAAAACACAAAUGUGGGAGGAUGAUAGUUGCCAAGAAGGAACAUCUUGUGAAAGACAAAGUCAGAACUCAGUGGCUCUGACGCCUUGAAUAUGUGCUAAGCAUCCAUGUGGCGUUUGGAGAGAUGCCGGUCCCAGAGAACAACUGACAAUCCUGCCACAGAACCAGGAGCUUUAUUCACUACCCUUUUUCCUUGGAUGUUAACAUCUGUUCUUUUGAAGAUCUCACCUUGCCAUUUUUGUGGAAAAAACAAUGUCUUCAAUAUUGGCUGUAUCCCUAUCUGUGUUCCAUUGGAAGGUCAUUUGUCUCUGCCCAAAAUAAUCCAUUAAGACUGGAGAAGCACCACUGAGUGACUGGGCAGACCACUAGAAUUUUUGCCACGGUUAUUGCUGUCCCCUCAUUUAAUGUGUGUCCUGUCUGUCCAAUCUCCUUGAAUCCCUUCACUUACCCCUGAAUCCCCCUCCCUUCUUUCUGCAGUCUCCCUUAUCCCUCACGUCUUUCCUAGCUGCCUUGAUCUGACCUGUGAGUGGCUGUAGAUGCUGCUCAGCUUGCGUGUGAGGGGGAAGAGAAGGGCUGACUGAUGAGAACACAUGAGACUUCUGGAUAUAUCUGUCAAACAGCAGGAACUGGAUCACGCACAAAUUGUUGAGCGAGGUGCUCAAGUUUGCUGCCUUUCAGUCCCAUUCAGGUAUCUCUGCCCAUCUUUCAGCURUAUUUGUGCAGGCCUGAUUUAGUCAGAAAUUUUUUCUACAGUGUAGCUUGAAAGGAGAUGGAAAAUACCCUUCCUCUGUUGUUCCAAACUUCAGGUCUCAGGACUGGACUGUAAUGUAUUGAAUAUUUAUAUGUAUGUCUUAAACCCAGUUCUGAUUUUAAUGUAGAGCAAUGAUACUUCUGUACUGUUUAGGCAUUCCCUUAAAUGAAUUUUGUAGAGUAGCCUGGAGAGGAAAUUGAUUGAUAUUAUUGGAGCGGAAUUGAUAACAUGUAGUUUCCUAUUUAUUGUUCCAGGUUUCUUCYCCCGUAAAAUCUCUCAAAAAAAUUGGCUGUCUUGCUUUGAAUAUUUAUAUGUAUAUCCUAAACCCAGUUCUGAUUUUAAUGUAGAACUUUGAUAUUUCUCAAGACAAAAGGAGAGCCCUGACCUGACCCACUGCUUACUUCURCUUGCAGCCCUCCCUGGUUUCUGAGAUCACUCCAGACACCAUUUCACUGUUCUUGUGCCACAGGCUUUAUACCACACCUCUCAUUCCAAAGCCUGCUAAUUUCUGGUCAUUGCCCCAUCCAGCGUGAAGUCUUUUCCUGCCCUAUGUUGUCUGACAUCUUUCCUGCAUACACACUUCCUCCUUUCCCCUGCCUGAACUGUUUUCCCACCACACCAUUUUCUUAAAUUCUACCCACUCCUGACAAUUCUGUCUUUUCUGAGGCAGGAGUAGGAAAGGGGGUAAGGACUUGGUGAUGAGUUCUGCCUUAAAUUGCAAAAAGCGGAUGAUGAGAUCUUUGGGGUGCAGAGGUUUAAAAACGGUCAUGUAAGGUGGAUUGGACUGGCARCAGUUGAGACCAGAAUGAGCAGGGUGAUAUAAAGAUCCUUACAAGCUCCAAGACUGAGAGUCCUGGGAUGUCUGUCCUCAACAGGAAUUGGUCCUCUCCUUUGUUGUUUACAUUAAAAUCAAACAAGGGGUACAARUCAGUACUUUCAGCUCUGAUUUCUAAAGUGAAGGUUACAGAUCACACAUUGUGAAACCAAUGCCCAUCAAGUUGAACAACUCUCAUACCUGUAUAGUAAUUUAUUUUAAAAUCAACUUUAGUGUGCAAAUACUCUUGUUAUGGCAGGUGCUCGCCUCUCCUCGAGGCUGCACAUCCAGCAAGCAAUGUGACUGAUUGCACUGGUGUGAUUGCACCAUCUGGUGCUGCCCUGYGUGGAAGCAUCAAAAGAUUUUUCCUUACCUCAGAGCAAAUUAUAUAAAUAUUUAAAGCCAAACAAUUUGGUUUCAAACAAUCCAGUCUAUCUCUGUCCAUCAUUAGCAGCAGCUUUCCCCCUUAGCUUUGGGCAAUUCCAAAAACCUCGGUYGAUUAACACAUUUAGGUUGGCUUGCAAGGUAAUGAUGCUCUUAAUAACACCUCACAAGUGCAAACUUGGCUGAAUUUGUACAAAUUGUAUACCUAUGUACCUUAAGCCAUAUUGCAAUAACUGCAGCAGGUAAAACAAAACUAACAAAAGCAUGACCUGUGUAAUCCUGAUUCUUACGUUUGUAGCUCCAAAGCUGUUAAUAAUAUGUAAAGUUACUUCUUGUCUGAACCUCAUUAAAAUAAAACUAGCUUUACCACAAUGUAAGUUGUCUGUUCGUAGUAAUUGGGCAGGCAAGGACUUACAACUUGGCCUGUUUUCUCCAUUAAUCCAGGGCCUAYGUAAGCAAUGCAACACACCUACCUAUAAAAUAAAUACAAAAGCUUCUUUUUAUAACUGACAGCUAAAAAACCAGCUGCACCCAAACCACGCUAAUGGUGCAGGGGGCAUGUCUCCACAAAAAGAUACUACUUUGUUCCAGUGUAUUGCUUUGGCCUAUGAAACUCUCCUUUGAGACUGUGACUUCUGGCUUGUGCUUAAAAGCUUGAAGCUUUCUCUGAUCCAAUGUAUUGGGUUACCAAAUUUAAUUUUGUGUUUUUAAGGUAGAUUUUCAUUGAUUAAAUAAAAUGCAACUACAAAUUUG